AAAGCUGUUUUAGGACGAGCGAAGGAGCAGCAAGUGUUCGGUCAUUGCCAUUACCGGAUCGCAGCUCGCUUCGACCACCACGACCGGCGCCACCAUGCGAUGGCGGACGCCGCCGAGAUCCGGCGGCCUCGGCGCGGCCGCCAUGUCCUACGUCGCCGUCGACUACCUCCGCCGCCUGUCCCCGGCGUGGCACGCGCGCCUGCAGCCGGCGCUCUGGUCGGUGCUCGCCCUCGUCGCCGUCUCCCGCGUCCCCUACUACCGGCACUGGUCGGCCGAGUUCCGGUCGGCCCUGCCUUUCGUCGCCUCCAUGGUGUUCAUGCUCCUAGCUUUCCUCUUCGAAGCUCUGUCCGUGCGCUCCGUCACCGCCGUGCUCGGCUUGGACUGGCACAGGGAUACACCUCCUCUUCCUGACACCGGCCAGUGGCUGCUUCUAGCAUCAAAUGAAAAACUUCCUCAGACAAUUGUUGAUAUAUUGAGAGCUCCAAUUAUUGGGCUUCAUCAUUUCCUGAUGCUGUUCAUGAUGCUGGCUUUCUCUGUGUUGUUCGACUCUGUAGAAGCUCCUGGUCUUGGACUGGGGGCUAGGUACAUGUUCACCAUGGCGAUUGGUCGACUUCUUCGGGCUAUAACUUUCGCUUCUACAAUUCUUCCAUCUGCUCGGCCCUGGUGUGCCUAUUCUAGGUUUAGAGUCCCAGCUUAUCCUCAUCGUUGGGCCCAGAAAUAUUAUGUACCAUAUGCCUCAGAUGCUGAUGCUAUUCGCAAGAUAAUAAAUUUGGAUAUAGCAUAUGCUAAUACUGGCAGUUACCUUGGAGAAUACCGGCCUGAUUGGGGCUCAAUGAGCUUCCUCAUCGAUUUUUUACGACCAACCGUCCCAGAAGGGUCUUCAUGGUUUAGUCUGCUGAAGAAAGCUGGAGGCGGUUGCAAUGACCUCAUGUACAGUGGCCACAUGCUUGUUGCUGUACUUACAGCUAUGGCUUGGACGGAGGCUUAUGGGGGUCUCAGCUCGGUCUUCGUAUGGCUGCUUGUGAUGCACAGUGCCCAAAGAGAGAUAAGGGAACGCCACCAUUAUACUGUAGACUGUAUCGUUGCCAUUUACGUGGGUAUCCUCCUAUGGAAGAUGACAGGUUUCAUCUGGCCACCCAAGGAUGCACGUAAAGAAAGAAGGCUCUCAAAGCUCGAAAAAAUUCAGAGCAGGCUAAUUCAAGCUGCCAAGGACUCCGACAUGGACGGAGUGAGAGAGCUGCUCAAGGAGGUCGAGUUGAGCGGCCAAGAGAAGAGUCCCGGCAGAAGCUCGAAUUGGCUUAUGUGGGUGUUUCCUUGCGCCACCAUCUUUUCUGCACUAACCAUUGUUCUCUUGGCCUUCACAUGGACAAGCGACGGGUGAUCGGCUGGUGUACCUCAGAGUUCUUUUCCCGGCUCCCACGAAUUAAUGUUAUUUCACAUUGUAACACCGUGUAAACAGUAUUUCCUUUUUGAGCUGAAGCUGAGUGUACGACAACCAUCGGAUACCUAUCCCUGUUACCACUUAGCCCUUAACUGCACGAUGUUCAUUGAGCUCUAGUAACUCGACGGAUAUAGUCUGCAAGAACAGCGGAGGUGGAAAUGUCAAAAUUCUGU